GUUAUGUAGUUAACAAAAACAAAAUGAUAUUGGAAGACAAUAUUGUUACAAGUUUUUCUUUUCCAUCAUAUUGUGAAAUGUCUUAUUACACCUGAUUUUAAAGCUACAGCCAUAUUUAUUAUGGCAUGGGAGAGUGCCUUCUGUCAGCAAAUGCUGGAGCUUGCGCUCAGUGAAGAAGAUGUUGAGGAACUUCGAUCUGAAAGAAGCAUAAAACAUAAUAAAGUGACCAAUGAAGAGAUAGAACAAUUGACUAUAGAUGAAUCUCUGCCAUUAUAUGAGCGUACUGUGUUUAUCCUCAGCUCAGGACAAGAUGUGCAGAAAGUUAGUGCCAUCGGUAGUCUGUAUGACGUAUUGUUAGAAGAGAAAGAUGCUUUAAGAAUUUUUCCCUUGAUUGAAAGUGUGAUUCCCAGCACGGUGAAAGAUAUUCAACUUGCUACUGCACAUGUUUUGUUGAAGAUGCUGAACAAUAAACUUCUUACAGCAGAGGAACUUUCCUCAAUGUUUUUGGCAUAUAUCCUUGACAAUCUUGGAAGUAAGGAUAAAGAACUUAGUGAUGUAUGGUUGGAACUGUUGCUUGCUUUGUUAGAUUCGUACUCAAAUAAAAAUAUUAAUGAACAAGUGUUGCAGUUUUUGGUGUCAAAUGGUUCACUAACACGUUGUUCUCUCACAAGGAAAAUAUGUUGUCAGUUGGUUAGUUAUCUAGCCAAGUGUUUUGAUAAAAAAAGGGUGCAGUUAAAUCUUAUUCCAUCAAUGAAGGCAUUGUGUCAAGAUAUUGAGCUUGAGGUUCGAUCAUGCAUGUGUUCUCAACUUGAUGAAAUGGCAGAUAACGUGGAUGAGGAGAUCACAGAAGAGUUUAUUCUACCCGAACUAUGCCUAUUAAUUCAAGAUGAGGAAGCCACAGUUCGACUAGCUGCAUUGUCAACAAUAACAAGUCUUUUCUCAAAGGUGAAGUCAGAACUUUUGGUGAAUAGUGAUUUAAUAUCACUCACGCAAAAAUUCUACAGAAAAGCGUUACCAAGAAAAUCAUUUACAGAUUUGCUGACAUGUGCAAAAUUUAUUGGAAAAGUUAUGUAUUAUCUCAAAGAUCAUCUUGCCAGGGAGGAUAUGACUUUCUAUCUUGAUUGCUAUCAAGUAUUAUGUUGUCAAAGUGUUACAGAUAAGAAGACAAAUUUGGAUUCUUCAAAACUGGAUACGAUGCAACCCACUGCAGUUGAAAAUGAUUGGGAUUCUGAAUGUCGAUAUUGGUGCGCAUUUAAUUUUCCUGCAGUGUUGUCAUCUAUACCAUCAGAAUGGUUUAAACAACACUUGCUACCAUCUUUUCUACACUUGAUGAAAGACAACCACCCUGCGGUAAGAAAAGCGAUGGCAUGCAGUUUACACGAGGUGUUAAAGUUACUAACGCAAGAUGUCCACCUUACAUACAAUGCUUUGAAAUUAUGUCUAACAGAUACCGAUAUUGAGGUUUUACAUGGCGUCCUUUCUGGCUUACCUGCUACAUUAGAAUGCUUACAUCAGUCUUCCUCUCGCCAGAACUAUGUAUUGGAUUUAAUUCCUUCCCUUUGCACUUGCGAGCAGACAAUAGCAAAGUCUCUACGAUGGAGAACACACGAAUUGUAUUUCCGAAGUAUACGUGAUUUACACAAAUACGUCACAUCUGACCACAUAUACUACAAAUUUGUCCCUCUUUUGUUAUACAAUCUUACCGCGAGCAAGGUGCGGCCAGUCAAGCAUGCAGCUGGUUGCACACUGCUCGAAUUUAUUAAAUAUAAUCGUUCAAUAGAUGAACGAAAAGAAAUAUGUACGCGGUUAAUUACAGAUUUGGCUCGCUCACCCAGUAGUCGUUCUCGCCUACUUUUUCUUGAUAUUUGUCAUUUCUCCACUCAUUUUUUUUCGAAGCGUUUCUUUAAAGAUACAUUUUAUGAUGUUGUGAUGGAUUUGGCGGUUGACCCUAUAGCAAACGUUCGAAUAAAAUUUUGUGAACUGCUGCCAGUGUUAAAGGCACAAAUUCGCUUGCCGUACGAUCGUUUUCUUUUACAAAUCCAUGAUCAAACUGUACGGCGAAUCAUGGCACUCGAAGUUGACGCCGACGUGUCGGUUGCAAUACGACGGGCAAUCAUCAAAUUAGACAGCGUCCGUUUGAGCACGGAAGGGAUGGUUGCAACAGAUGAGGAUGUUAUAGACCAACAGCGAGAAAAAGAAGAAAACGAAAUUAUGGAGGAAUGUUCACGUCAUAAAGAAGUUGAGAGUGGUCACCAGUUGAAACAUAGAUCACAAUCUGUCACAGAGAGAAUGGAGCCUCUCAUAAGGAAGCCCAGACAAUCAGGAUCGUUUAGUUUUAAAGAACUGCCGAAGAAAGGUACGACGAAAUCUAAAGAAUCGUCUCUCACGAAAAUCUCAUCUCCUUCCAACAGUGGCUCGAAAAUUUCAUCGAAGAAAAGUUCGUCACAUACCACCGCACAGCAAAGACGUACACCAAAAUAAGUUCUAUUGAUCUGAUCAAGAUCAAAGAAAGUGGAUAGCGCUACAUGAUCAGACAGUGUCUGAUAGUUGAUUUGUGAGGUACUCAGCUACUUGCAGUGCAAAGUAGCUAUGUGCACAACCUCGUUUCCAGGACCUGAGAAGAAAAGUUCUGGGGAUGAGAUUGGCUAUAUGUGUUGUGUGAUUUUUUCGGUUUAUUUGAAAUAAACUCAAUUAAAUGUUUGCCGUAAUACUUCACGUUAUGCAUAGGUUCUGAGUAGAGCAGAAAUAUGCGCGUUGUGACUGUUAAACCAUUUUCUAAACUGAUAGGUGUAGUAAGAAGUGGAAUAACCAGGCUUGAGCUUAAUUAUUGUUUUCUUUUUUUGAUAUCACGUAGCAGCAUCGUAUAUUCGUGUUUUAUCUGAGAUGUUCGAAUAUAUUUUUCUUUUAACUCUAUUUCUUGACUUGCAAUUUUAAGAUUUAAUCCAUUCCUCUUUAAUUUUUUAAUUCAUCGUAUAUUCGUGUUUUAUCUGAGAUGUUUGAUAAUUAUUUUCUCUUAACUCUAUUUCUUGACUUGCAAUUUUAAGAUUUAAUCCAUUCCUCUUUAAUUUUUUAAUUCAUCGUAUAUUCGUGUUUUAUCUGAGAUGUUCGAAUAUAUUUUUUUCUUAACUCUAUUGCUUGACUUGCAAUUUUAAGAUUUAAUCCAUUCCUCUUUAUUUUUUUAAUUUGUAGGUCACCCCUUAGUUACCAGUCUUUGGAUUGGCAAAUGGGCGUAAAAAUUUAUGUAAAAAAAGAAUUGUUUUAUGUUAGAUAGAUAUAAUAUAUUUUUAUGAAAAUAAUUGUGAAAGUUUGUACAUGUUAUAUAUGACAUAUUUAAUUUAUAAACAAUUGUAUUGAAAAUACGUUCCAAAUAAUAUAUUAGGCCAUCUAGAA